AUGGAGAAGUUUACCUAUCUGAGGUCAGCUCUCUCCGGCGAUGCACUGAAGGAGAUACUCUCUAUUGAGCUGUCAGAUGCUAAUUACAUCAUAGCUUGGGAAAUUCUUACGGAGCGAAAAGAAGGUUAUGAGAGCAUCAACUAUCUCAUAACUGAGUUUGAGAAAAACCUAAUGAUGCUGCAAAAAGUUGGCGAAGACACCGAUGGUUGGAGCACCAUACUAGCGCAUAUGCUCUACUCCAGGCUAGAUUCUCUCACUCUGAGAAAUUGGGAAACUCAUCACAACAGCACAGAAGUGCCAAAAUACGAGGACAUGAGAAAGUUCCUACGCAACUACUGUUCCGUUCUGCAGUCAGUCGCUCCUGCCAAAGAACCCCGCUCCAAUAUCGCCGAUCACAAGCAGUCUAGAGGUCAGUCAGUAUGCCAUACAGCGUUUAAGUCGCCCAAUCGAUGUCCAUUUUGCACCGAACCAUGGCAUUCGCCCUUCCACUGCCAAAGAUUCCUUCGAAUGAAAAUUGCAGAACGCCUUGAAGCCGUCAAUCGAAGUAGAGUCUGCCGAAAUUGUCUGCAGCCUGGACAUUUUGCAUCGAAUUGCAAUCGUAGCAGUUGUCGGUUGUGUCAACAAAGGCAUCACACUAUACUGCAUGCUACGCGAUCCUCCGUUCAAAAUCCGUCGAAUUCGAGACCCAGUCAACAGUCAAAUGCACAACCUAUUACCCAAAGAAGCACCCAAGUUUAUGCACAGCAAACUCACCAACAGCAAAGACAACACGCCAGACCAAUAGUUACGGAACACCCACACACUCAAACACAAAAUGCAACACACAAUUCACACAACCCAACCACACAAUUCAAUUCUCCCGUGCCAAGCACAAGCCAAAAUUACGUCGCACUUCCUGCUAAACCUACAGCAAAUAUUCUGCUUUCUACCGCACUUAUCAAGAUUAAGGACCGUCACGGUAAUGCUCUGAUUGCUAGAGCUUUGUUGGAUUCCUGCUCGCAACAUUGCCUCAUGACUCGAGAGUUUUCGAGAAAGCUGAAGUUCAAAGAAUCGCCAACGUUUUUGUCAGUCCAGGGUAUCGGUUCGUCUCAGUCAGUUUCGACGAAGAGCAUAAGUGCUGAAGUUGGUCCACGAUCGCCGAAAAUCUCUGAAUUCCAAGAAACUAUGGAGUUUUUCGUGUUGCCAAAACUUACCCUUCAACUACCUACGACAUCGUUUGAUCCUUCGUUUAUGUCGCUUCCCGAUUCCGCUUUGCUAGCUGAUCCUUACUUCCACGAAUCAAAGCGGAUCGAUAUCAUAAUCGGUGCCGAAUAUUAUUUGGACUUGUUGAAGGAUGAACGUCAGAAAAUGUCGAAAAACGGUCCCACGCUUCAGAAUACAGUUUUUGGUUGGAUUGUGUCAGGUCGAGUGGUAGAAGCUCCAUCGGAAGUGUCGCACACCUUAGUCUGUUCUACAAGCGACUUACAAAAGCAGCUCACGAGAUUCUGGGAGCUAGAAACAUGUCGUGUCACUAGCACUCAUUCCAUUGAGGAGUCGAUGUGCGAAAGGAUUUUUAAGCAAACCACAAUGAGAGAUGAAGCAGGACGUUUCGUUGUUACCCUACCGAAGAAAGAGUCAGUUUUGUGUCAGUUAGGCGAUUCGAUGCACUCAGCUACUAAACGUUUUCUAGCAUUGGAAAGGCGUCUGGAUGCUAAUCCAGAGUUGAAGAAGGAGUAUGCAGCUUUCAUCCACGAAUAUCUCGAUCUUGGUCAUAUGAAAGAGAUUUUAGAAAGCGCUGAACAAGAACGAAGUUAUUACAUGCCUCACCAUGCUGUCCUGAAGCCCGACAGUACCACUACAAAGUUAAGAGUCGUUUUCGACGCGUCUUGUCGAACAUCAACCGGAAUUUCGCUCAACGAUGCGUUAAUGGUCGGACCUGUGGUACAAGAUGAACUGGUGGACAUUAUUCUGCGAUUCCGGCUUCAUCGAUAUGCCGUCGUUGCAGAUGUAGCUAAAAUGUAUCGAAUGGUUAGAGUUCAAGAGUCAGAUCAACCUCUUCAGAGAAUCCUAUGGCGUGAUUCUAGUGAUGAAUUCAUACGUAUUUUCCAACUUACAACCGUGACGUAUGGUACAUCAUCAGCACCGUAUUUAGCGACAAGAUGUUUGCAAGAGUUGGCUAAUCAAGAAGCCGAAAAUUGUCCGAUCGCGUCAGAAGUGCUUAAGAAAUCAUUUUACGUUGAUGAUAUGCUCGCAGGAGUUGGGUCUGUUGAAGAAGGCAAGCUUCUUGUGAGAGAAAUGAUGAAGGUUAUGAAGUCAGCUGGAAUGUCAUUACGAAAGUAUGUGUCGAAUGAGUCAGAAAUCCUUGAAGAAGUGUCAGUUGAUCUUCGAGAAGAAAGAUCAGUGUUAGAACUUGAUGCCUCCCAAUCUACAGUUAAGACACUAGGCUUGAAGUGGCAGCCUAGCUCAGAUGAAUUUCAGUUCAGCACUGUGUGA